AUGGCAAAAGAGAAAAAGUCGGCCACCGGUGCAGACCGUUUCCCUGAGGAAGUCGACAUGCGACCCGAAUCAUCCCCGUAUACAGCCGACAUCGUCAGCUUGCUGUUAAAGGACGGGACAGCACUCAACAUUCCAAGUCCCCUUCUUCGCAGGUGCCCAAAGCUGCCCUGUACCUCUAUAUGGAGCACAACCCCGCGGCUCGAGAUUACUCAGGAAGUUGGACAUGUUCUUGCCCAUUACCUCUUCACCGACACCUACCAGUGCCUCAAACCAAAAGGGCUGUCUCCUCAUGAAGAGGCCGCUGCGGAGUUUACGACAAGUAUCCAGGUCUACGCCUUGGCUCGAGAAUAUGAGCUGUCCUCGCUCGAGGAACUUGCCAAACUCGAGAUUGAGAGGCUUGGAAACGGACUACCCUUCUCUGUGGUCCUUGAGAUUGUGCGGGAUGCAUAUCCAGAGCCCAGCGCAGACGACGUAUGGUUCAGCGGCUAUUUGAAGUCAGGCCUCGAGUCGCUUCUGCGCAAUCGAUCAGAGCUAUCAGAUUAUGGUAUACCGAAUGCUAAGCGCAAAACGAUAUCGGUGGCCGACUUGCUCUUCAAAAACCUGGUCGAGUUGGUCCGCGACCACAAGAUUUUACCUCGGGGCCUCAACGCUCCUCCGCAAGCCGAGGCGCUCGAAGAGUCUGCUUUCGUGAUGCCAGUGCCUGCGCUCGGAUCACCAGGCCUACCGGAGACAUGUGAGCAGGACCUGCCGGGAGAAAAGAGCAAGGGAAAGAAGGCAAAGAAGAAGGCACAGACGUCUCAGCUCGACACCGAGCCUGAGUCUAAGCACGAACCCGAGCCUGUCAAGGAACCAGCAACGGAGCCCGAACCCGAAAAGAAUGAGGAGGAUGACUUCGGGGGCUCCGGUGUCUCUAGGAAGCAUAAGAAGAAGAAGAAGGGGAAGAUGUUUAAGCCCGAACCCGAGCCUGGGAAAGAGGAUGGCUGGUCCCUCUGCGAGUCUGAUGGCAAGGAGAUCAAAGCGUGGACUGUUUGUGAGCGUCGGUCAGAGCAUGUACUUGGGAAUGGCUGGGAGGCAUGCUGUAGCUGCCAAGACUUUAUACGUCAGCUUUCUCGGCAACUCCCUUCGGGCAGAGCUAGAGAUUAG